ACCACCAACAUGUCGAAUGUAUCUUACCACAUCUCCAACCUGUUGGAGAAAAUGACGUCCACUGACAAAGACUUUAGGUUCAUGGCCACUAAUGACCUGAUGCUGGAGCUGCAGAAGGACAGUAUUAAACUGGACGAGGAUAGUGAAAGGAAGGUGGUGACCAUGCUGCUCAAACUGUUGGAGGACAAGAAUGGAGAGGUGCAGAACCUGGCUGUGAAAUGCCUGGCUCCUCUGGUGAGCAAGGUGAAGGAGUACCAGGUGGAGACGAUGGUGGACACCCUGUGCUCCAACAUGAUGUCAGACAAGGAGCAGCUGAGGGACAUUUCCAGCAUGGGACUGAAGACUGUCAUCGCUGAACUGCCGCCGUCUUCAUCAGGUUUGACCCUGACAACCAGUGUGUGUAAGAAGAUUACAUCCCAGCUGAUUGGUGCCAUGGGGAAACAUGAAGAUGUGUCAGUGCAGCUGGAGGCCCUGGACAUUUUAUCGGAUAUGUUGGGAAGGUUGUGUGGCGCGCUGGUCAGUUUCCACAGCUCUCUGCUCUCCAGCCUGCUGCCUCAGUUAACCAGUCCAAGAAUGGCGGUCAGGAAGCGCUCCAUCUUGGCCCUGGGCCAGCUGGUGCCCUGCUGUAGCCCCGCCCUCUUCUCCCAGCUUACUGAACACCUAUUGGCUGAACUGGCCAAGGGGCCCCCCACCUCAAUGACGAGGACAUACAUCCAGUGUCUGGCAACCAUCAGCCGGCAGGGUGGCCACCGCGUUGGUGAACAUUUAGAGAAGCUGAUUCCAAUGGUGGUGAAGUUCACCAGUGUAGAGGAUGAUGAACUGAGAGAAUACUGCUUCCAAGCCUUUGAAGCCUUCAUACGCAGGUGUCCAAAGGAGAUGUCACCCCAUGUUGCCACGGUAAUACAGCUGUGUCAGAAAUUCAUGACCUUUGACCCUAACUAUAACUAUGAUGAUGAAGAGGAGGAGGAGGAAGAUAGCAUGGACAUAGAGGAUGGGCUGGACCAAGAAUCCGAUGAUGAGUACAGUGAUGAUGAUGACAUGAGCUGGAAGGUGCGGCGCUCCUCCAUUAAAUGCCUGGAGGCGUUGAUCGCCACGCGCCGGGACCUCCUGCUCUCCUUCUACUCCUCCAUCUGCCCUGCCCUUCUCUCCCGCUUCAAGGAGCGAGAGGAGAACGUACGAGCAGACAUCUUUGCGGCAUUCGUGACGCUGCUGAGACAAACGCGGGCUGGUUCGAGUCCCCACCUGAUCACGACGGGUUCAGACCAGGGGGCGAACAGGGAGGAGGAGCCGGCAGUCGCAAUGCUAAAGAAGCAGGUGUCGGUGAUAGUGAAGGCUCUCCACAGACAGCUGAAAGACAAGAGUAUUAAAUCUAGACAGGGCUGCUUCUGUCUCCUCACUGAACUGGCACACACAGUGCCUGGAGCCCUGGAGCAGCACAUACCUGCACUGAUACCUGGCAUUGUCUUCUCCCUGACAGAUAAGGCCUCUUCCUCUACCAUGAGGAUUGAUGCUCUCUCUUUCCUCCAUGUCCUCCUUCUCUCCCACCCUCCCCAAACCUUCCAGCCACACAUGCAGGUGCUUGUGCCCCCAGUGGUGGGCUGUGUGGAUGACAGUUUCUAUAAGAUCACAUCGGAGGCCCUGUUGGUCACCCAGCAGCUGGUCAGGGUGAUGAGGCCGCUAGAACAGAGCGGCCCUGCUGGAGGAUUUGAUGUCAAACCCUUUGUUAAGCAGGUGUUUUCCGGGACCCUGAAGAGGUUGAAAGCCACAGACAUUGACCAGGAGGUGAAAGAGAGAGCCAUUUCCUGUAUGGGUCACAUGGUGUGUCACCUAGGCGACCAUCUGGGGGCGGAGCUCCAGGGCGUGUUGGCGAUCUUCCUGGAGAGGAUGAAGAAUGAGAUCACCAGACUGACAGCAGUCCGAACCAUCACACUCAUUUCAGCCUCUCCCUUAAAGAUUGACUUGUCCUCCAUCCUGCCUGAAGCUCUAUCUGUGCUCGGCUCUUUCUUGAGGAAGAACCAGCGAGCUCUGAAGCUCGGCACCCUGGCCUGUCUGACGGCGCUGGUCACCCAUCACACUGCCGGCAUCAAACCCGCAAUGUUGGAGCCUGUGCUGAAUGAGCUUCCAGCCCUGGUGGAUGAAAGUGACAUGCAUGUAUCGCAGGUAUCCAUCACCUUGCUGACUUGUGUGGCCAAAGCCUGCCCCUCCUCUCUGGCUAAGAUUGGCUCAUCUGUGCUACCAGGAGUGUUGGGACUAGUCCAUUCUCCACUGCUCCAGGGGGGUGCCCUGGUAGCCAUAUUGGACUUCCUCCAGGCGUUGGUGCUUUCCAAAACCAGUAACCUGGGAUACAGUCAGCUGCUGAAGUCUCUGACAGGGCCAUUCCACAGUUCCCAGUCCCAUCCGGACAGUCCUGCCCCUCACAGGCAGUCCUACCACUCUGUGGCCCGAUGUGUGGCUGCUCUGUCUGCUGCCUGCCCCAAAGAAGCACCAGGCAUGGUGACUGGCCUCAUUCAGGAGGUGAAGAAUCCUGGCUCUCCGGAGUCAGCUCGUGUCCUGGCCCUGUUGUGUUUGGGUGAGGUUGGGAGGAGCGGCAGUCUGGGAGGCAGUAAGGAGGUGCAGGGAGUCAUUCUUGAGGCUUUCUCAUCCACCAGCGAAGAGGUGAAGACGGCUGCGUCCUGUGCUUUGGGCAGCAUGGCAGUCGGCAGCCUAACUGACUACCUGCCCUUCCUGCUGAAGGAGAUCUCCUCCCAGCCAAAAAGACAGUACCUGCUACUACACUCCCUCAAAGAAGUCAUCAGUGCCUGUCCAGCCUCUAGUCUCUCACCCCAUGUGGAGUCUAUUUGGGCCUUGCUGUUUCAGAACUGCCAGUGUCAGGAGGAGGGCACCAGGAACCUGGUGGCCGAAUGUCUAGGAAAACUGACCAUAGUCAACCCUGCACAGCUCCUCCCCAGGCUUAAACAACAGCUUAAUGCUGGCUCUCCUCUGGCCCGCAGCACAGUUGUGACAGCAGUGAAGUUCACUAUUGUUGACCAGCCUGCUCCCAUUGACACACUGCUAAAAGACUGCAUAGGUGACUUCCUGAAGACGCUGCAGGACGAGGACAUCAACGUGCGCCGUGUCGCCUUGGUGAUGUUCAACUCGGCAGCCCAUAAUAAGCCAUCCCUGAUCCGUGGUCUCCUAGCAACGGUGCUGCCACGCCUCUAUAAGGAGACGCAGAUCAGAAAGGACCUCAUCAGAGAAGUGGAGAUGGGUCCAUUUAAACACACUGUAGAUGACGGUUUGGAUGUGCGUAAAGCAGCGUUUGAGUGUAUGUACACCCUGCUGGACAGCUGUCUGGACGGGCUGGACAUCCUGCUGUUCCUCGACCAUGUAGAGGAGGGACUGAAAGACCACUAUGACAUCAGGAUGUUGACCUUCCUGAUGCUAGCUAGACUGGCUUCUCUGUGUCCUGGUGCCGUUCUCCAAAGACUGGACAGACUGGUGGAGCCACUUAAAGCUACCUGCACUACCAAGGUGAAAGCUGGUUCUGUGAAGCAGGAGUUUGAGAAACAGGAGGAGCUGCGGCGGUCUGCCAUGCGUGCUGUCGCCGCCCUGCUGGCCGUGCCCGAGGUGGAGAGGAGCCCCAGCAUGGCCGACUUCGCCAACCAGAUCAGAACCAACGCAGACAUGGCGUCCAUCUACCAGAGCGUCCAGGGAGGGGAGGGAGGAGGCUUAGGGCCCGUCGAGAGCAUGGAUACCAGCUAGUGUUGGAUGCUGGAAGACUUGUUUUUUUUUUUUUUUUGCUGUUUUCUAUUGUUUGAAAAUGAGUUCAUAAGGUUAGCCAAAGUGUUUUGACGAAAUACAGUGCAGUUAAAAAUUAUGAUACAAAAAGUGUAUUCUACAGCAGUAACAACA